UGUUGAUGGUGAAGAUGUUCCGUGUGUCCUGCGGAAAACACCCAGGAACAAACAGCUCAGACCCGCCGCCGUGGACCAUCUCCCUCUUUUUUUCUUUUCUUUUCUUUUCCUUUCCUUUUUUACGUCCGUAUUUGUCGGUGUCGGAGCGAUGUCAGCCCUCGGAGGAGGCGGCUUUAGCACCGACGGCUGCUCCACAUGUCCCACCCAGAAAGAUGGAGACUGAAGAAGCCCUGGCCGAACCACAGGUGAUCCGGGGUUUGUGAGAAACGGACUCCGAGGCUGCCGGGAAAGCUGAACGGGGGCACGUGCACCAUGUUGGGACCACAUUGAUUUGGAGGCGUUGCUACAUCAGUGUAGUCACCGUGAUGAGGAGAGGUCCUGGCAGUCCACGCGCUGCUGUGGUCCAGCUCACACAUGAGAAGCUGCUAGCUCAGACGAGAAGCAGUGACGAAUGAUGCCCACCUGGGGGAUUUAACGGCCAACACGCUGACAGAGCACCUCCACUUCCAGCAAACGGCAGCAGCAUGCCCCGGAACCGAGCCUUUUCCGAGCCGGAGUACUCGGCGGAGUACUCGGCCGACUGCUCCGUGACGCUGCCGUCCGACCCGGGGCAGGCGGUGGGGAGGACUCACGAGGUGACGGUGCGGAGCUCCGGCUGCUGCCUCUGCCUGCCGCGCUUCAUGCGUCUGAUGUUUGCGCCCGAGUCUCUGGAAAACCUGUACCAGACCUACUUCAGGCGACAGAGACACGAGACGCUGCUGGUCCUGGUCGUGUUCGCCGCCCUCUUCGACACCUACGUCAUCAUCAUGUGUGCCGUGGUCUACACCGCCGACAAGCUGGCGUCGGUCGUGGUGGCAUCGGUGGGACUGGCGGGAGACGUGUUCCUCUACCUGCUGUGCCGUUUUGGGCUUCUUCCGGACCGGAUCUCCCGGAGGGUGGUGCCCUACGCCCUCUGGGUGCUUAUAGCGGCUCAGAUUUUCUGCUACCUCGGUCUGAACUACGCCCGCUUUCAUCAGGCCAGCGACACGGUGGGCUGGCAGGCCUUCUUCAGCUUCUCCGUCUUCCUGACUCUGCCCCUGAGGCUCACGCCCAUCGUUCUCAUCACCGCCGUGUCCUGUGGGGUCCACACCCUGGUGCUGGGGGUCACCAUCGCCCAGCAGCAGCAGGACAACCUCCAGGGGGCAGCACUGGGAAGACAGCUUCUGGCAAACAUCAUGAUCUAUGUGUGCACCAUCACCGUGGGGGUCAUGUCCUACUACAUGGCUGACAGGAAGCAUCGGAAGGCUUUUCUGGAGGCGAGGCAGUCGCUGGAGGUGAAGCUGAACCUGGAGGAACAGAGCCAGCAGCAGGAGCGUCUGCUGCUAUCCAUUCUUCCCAAGCACAUUGCUGACGAGAUGCUUCAGGACAUGAAGAAGGAGCCGAGUCAGAAGGAGAUGCAGCAGUUCAACACCAUGUACAUGUACCGGCAUGAAAACGUCAGUAUUCUGUUCGCCGACAUCGUCGGCUUCACCCAGCUGUCGUCGUCUUGCAGCGCUCAGGAACUCGUCAAGCUCCUGAAUGAGUUGUUUGCCCGCUUUGACAAGUUGGCUGCCAAAUACCACCAGCUGAGGAUUAAGAUCCUGGGAGACUGCUACUACUGCAUCUGCGGGUUGCCCGACUACCGGGAGGACCACGCCGCCUGCUCCAUCAUGAUGGGCCUGGCCAUGGUGGAGGCCAUCUCGUAUGUGCGGGAGAAAACCCAGACGGACGUGGACAUGAGGGUCGGGGUGCACAGCGGCACUGUCCUGGGAGGAGUUCUGGGCCAGAAACGCUGGCAGUACGACGUCUGGUCCACCGACGUCACCGUGGCCAACAAGAUGGAGGCCGGAGGCAUUCCAGGGCGCGUGCACAUCUCUCAGAGCACCAUGGAAUGUCUUCACGGGGAGUUCGAUGUGGAGCCGGGGAACGGUGGCGAGCGCUGCGAUUACCUGAGGGAGCGGGGCAUCGAGACCUACCUGGUGGUGGUUCCUAAAGGACCGCUGCGGAAAAACGGCAUCAGUGGCGUGAAGCUGUCUGUGACCUCGUCCAACGGAAACUCCCCCCUGCUGAUCAACACCACAGAGUGCAAUGGCAGCAUGAACACGUGCUGCACCACCCCCGAGGAGCCGGAGGACCUGGACACGAGGGUGGUGAAUCCAUCCUUCCCCAACCCCCGGAGAAGGCUGCGGCUGCGGGACUUGGCUGAGAGGGUGAUUGAUGCUCAGGAGAACGAGCAGGAGCUCAACAAGCUGCUGAAUGAGGCUCUGCUGGAGAGGGAGACCGUUCAAGCGCUGAAGGGGAAGCACACCAACAAACUGUCCCUGAGGUUUGUGGACCCGGAGCUGGAGACCCGCUACUCGGUGGAGAAGGAGAAGCAGAGCGGAGCUGCCUUCUGCUGCUCCUGCGUGGUGCUGCUCUUCACCGCGGUCAUGGAGGUGCUGAUCGACCCCUGGCUCAUUGCUAAUUACGUCACCUUCGCAGUGGGAGAGGUGCUGCUGCUCGUCCUGACCGUCUGCUCUCUGGCUGCCAUCUUCCCCAGAGUUUAUCCAAAGAAGCUGGUGUCGUUCUCCACCUGGAUCGACCACACCCGCUGGGCUCGGAACACCUGGGCCAUGGCGGCCAUCUUCAUCGUCAGCAUCGCCAACAUCGUGGACAUGCUGAGCUGUCGGCCUGCAGCUUCAGAUGCGGGUGGCAGCACCGGGGCUCCCUCCUCUUCUUCCUCCGGCCCCGAAGGCUGUCUCCACAACCCCAAAUACUACAGCUACGCGGCGGUGCUGGCCCUGAUGGCCGCCACCAUGCUGGUGCAGGUCAGCCACAUGGUCAAGCUCACGCUGAUGCUGCUCAUCACCGCCACCACCGGGAUCGUCAACAUCUGCAGUUGGAGAGACGUCUUCGACCGCUACGACGUGGCCCGCUUCCAGGAGUACAGUUUAAACCUGGUUCCCUCCAAGUUCACCAUGACCACCAUGAUCUUCGUUAUGAUGGUCAGCUUCUACUACUUCUCCAGACAUGUGGAGAAGCUGGCCCGCACUCUCUUCCUGUGGAAGAUCGAGGUGCAUGAGCAGAAGGAGAAGGUGUACGAGAUGAGGCGCUGGAACGAAGCUCUGGUUACCAACAUGCUGCCUGAACACGUGGCUCGACAUUUCCUUGGCUCCAAGAAGCGGGAUGAGGAGUUGUACAGCCAGUCGUACGAGGAGAUCGGCGUCAUGUUCGCUUCAAUCCCCAACUUCUCUGAUUUCUACACGGAGGAGAGCAUCAACAACGGAGGCAUCGAGUGUCUGCGCUUCCUCAACGAGAUCAUCUCUGACUUUGACAGCCUGCUGGACGAGCCUCAGUUCCGCUACAUCACCAAGAUCAAGACCAUCGGCAGCACCUACAUGGCCGCCUCCGGCGUCACCCCCGACCUCAGCAACGGAUACGGCUGCAUGAAGAAAGAUGAGCAGUCUGACAGAGAGCGGUGGCAGCACCUGGCAGAUCUGGCAGACUUCGCUCUGGCCAUGAAGGUCACACUCAUGAACAUCAACUACCAGUCGUUCAACAACUUCAUGCUGCGCAUCGGUCUGAACAAGGGGGGGGUCCUGGCUGGAGUCAUCGGGGCUCGCAAACCCCACUACGACAUCUGGGGCAACACUGUGAACGUGGCCAGCCGCAUGGAGUCCACCGGGGUGAUGGGAAACAUCCAGGUGGUGGAGGACUGCCACAACAUCCUGAAGGAGUUUGGUUUCCGCUUCGUGAAGCGGGGGCCCAUCUUCGUGAAGGGCAAGGGGGAGCUGCUCACCUACUUCCUGAAGGGCCGGGACAAGCAGGGCUCCUUCAUCAACGGCUCCUCCGUCACUCUGCCGCACCAGGUGGUGGACAGCUGAGCCCCGGGCACACGCACACCCCCAUCAGACACUCCUGUGUGCUGACAGCAGCCCCCCCCAGGACUGAAAACCAAACACAUGCAGGUAGCUGAUUGUAGAGUCUCCUGGUUCAAACUAAACUACAGAAACUAAACUCCCAGGAGACGGAGGACGGACCACAGACCCGGUUUUCAGACCACAGAGCAGGUUUUCAGACCCACAUCAGUGUCUGACUGACAGUCUCGGGAUCACGUCCUUUUUCAAAUCCCCCCUGCAGACGGAAGCAGAUCUGGUGCCGGAGGCCCCUCCACCUAUCUGCUCAUCUCUGCUUUGACUCGGUAGGUGGUUUGAUGGUGGUGGUUUGGCUUCGUGGUGCCUGACCCUUCAGUCUGGUCCUGUUAGCGGGUACAACCCCAAUUCCAAUAAAGCUGGGACUGAAAAUAUGAGCUGAUUUUUUUAAUUUAAUGGCAGCAACACAUCUGUGAUAAGUUGGAACAGAAGAAAACAAAAGCCUGGGAAUGUAAUUAACACAAAUCAAGGCCGACCGGAGGAGCAUUUGACAACUAAUUGUGAACAGGUCAGUCACAUGACAGAACCUCUCAGUCUGGGACAAACGGGAUCUAAAAACUAUGGCAACAUUUCAGGAAAAUGUCCCUCCCUGUAAAACUGUAGAUUAUAGGAUCUUUGAUAGUUUUUACAGUGUUUAUUAUCCUCAAAAGAUUGAUGGAAUCAGGAGCUGGCGCUGUAUUUGAGGGACAAGGCUGGAGGUCUGGACUGGAUCUGGAGAUUCAAUUCAAUUCAAUUUUAUUUAUAUAGUGUCUAAUACAACAGAUGUUAUCUCUAGACGCUUUCCAGAGAUCCAGAACAUGGAGAUGUGCAGGUCCUCAGAUGUGAUUGUCUCUGGAGGACCCUGCUGGACUCAGGACCACGUCCACAGGUCCGUCAGGUCCGUCUGCACCGUCCACAGAUGCAGCUUUCAGCUCCGUCAUGCAGAGAGGAAGACAUGGCUGUCAGCCACCUCCAGCUGAGUUCUCAUCGUUGCCCCUGGCAGCAGUGUUUCCACGGGUGAAGAUCGCAGGGGAUCUUCAAACCCGGGUGUUCGCUCCUCCCCGAGCAACUGUUUUCCCCUCACAAAUAUUGCCAAACUGAAACCAAUGUGUCUCUGCAGGCCGAUCUGCGUCAGCACGGCUCGACUGCUGCUGCCCGGCUGCAGCCGGGCUGCUGACGAGGUCCAGGAGGAGUUCCCGUAGACCAGGGGUCGGCAACCCGCGGCUCUAGAGCCGCAUGCGGCUCUUUAGCGCUGCCCUAGUGGCUCCUGGAGCUUUUUCAAAAAUGUUUGACCUUUUUUUUCCUUUUUUUCCUUUUUUUUUCUUUUUUUCAGUUUUUUUCUUCCUUUUUCGUUUCCUUUUUAAUCUCGACAUUUCGACUUUUUUUUCUCAAAAUUUUGACUUUUUUCACGACUUUUUUCUCGAGAUUGUACUGAUUAUUUCCUCGACAUUUCAAUUUUUUUCUCAACAUUUCGACUAUUUCACGAAAUUUUAACUAUUUCCCCGACAUUUCGACUUUUUUUCUCGAAGUGCAUAAUUUAAAAAAAAAUCUUCCCCCAGUUCUAACUAAUAUAGAAACAUGCAGCAUGUGUUGCCUUCAUUCUAAGGCUGAUACAAGACUUUUCAUUUUUUGCGGCUCCAGACAUAUUUGUUUUUGGUCCAAUAUGGCUCUUUCAACAUUUUGGGUUGCCGACCCCUGCCGUAUUCGUCCGGUCCCAGCCUCGCCUCGCUGGCUUCCUGCCAGUCACAGGAUCCGUUUUCAAGUUUUACUUUUAGCUUUCAGAGCUCUCCACGGUGUCUGCCCUGCUCCAUGAACCCAGUGUGUCUCCCAGGCUGUGGAGCUUCUCUCCCCCAGGACCUGAGAGACUCAGCCACUGGGGAUAUUUUUAAAAAACACCGUAAAGCACACCUGUAUAGGCAGGCUUGUAGGAAAGACUUGUAAAUGAAUGAUUUUUGACUGUUCCUGUCUGUUGUCGUCUUUGUGUUUUUAUUUGAUUUCUUUUCCUUGCUACCCUGUCUUUAACCUUGUGAAGCACUUUGUGAGCCUCUCUCUGUGAA